AUGUCUACAAGGCGAGGCCCACCAAAAUCAAGCCGCCCGGCAGUUCAUUUCACCGAUGUGUCCCCCCCUAAACCUUUUAAGGGCCACUUGGAGAGUUUCUUCGGAGUUACGCACAGGAGACAAGCUGGCGACAAAAAAUCACAACAGAAACCAUUGCCGAUGUCGGAAUUGGAUAAACCGUGGGAUGGGGAUAAGAGACUUCAACAAGUGUUUCAAUUUCCAAUCUUGGAAAAGUUUGCUUUCCAGCAUGAAGAUGACGAGGAUGAAUGGAUUGACUUUAUUAGGCGCUAUCGCCAGUUUGUAUACUGUCCCGAAAAACAUAUCCACGACUACGAAUGGAUGGAGAAAUUGUUCUUGGAUGUUAUUCGAUGGAAAGGGUACGAAUCCAGGAAACAGUACGAUCAUUUUUUUAAGAGCAAAGAGUACGAUGCGUAG